GAGAGGCUGUGAGCGCCGGGCGGGGAUUCUACGUGAGUAAGUGUCGACUGGGCGGAGACAGGGCCAGCUCUCUACUCUGUGGGUCAAACCAAGUUUUAUCCGUUUGAUUUUUUUCCCCUAUAUUUUCGUGCAAGAUGUCUUGACCAAAGGAAACGUUCGUUUAGUGGAAAGUUUAGUCAAAGUUUUUCAGUGAUCGGACAAUGUAAACAUUUCGUCUGGGCAGACGAUCGAGUUGAAGAAUAAAAACGUCCAUAAAAGAUGGCCUCAUCAGUGGACACGUUAUACCAACCCAACCAGCUGCUCAACUGGAUGUACCUGACCCUAGCUGACCAGCCCCUGCAUCAACACGGCGGCCACAUUAGCCCCAGCCUCUACAGCAGCGUGACCAACAGCAGCUCCUCCGGGGCGACUGACCUCUGGCUGAGUGACCACUACCACCACUCACCCGGCCUCGGGAGUUCCGGAAACCAUUCCUUGUCCUCUUGCAGCGCUAGGUACCUCGCCAGCAACCUCCAGUCGCUGACCAAUGGGAAUAUCUCUUCCAUGGCGAACGCCAGCUUAACCAAUGGCGGAGGCUCUGCCAUACCCAGCGGGAGUUUUGUGAACAGCAAUAUCCAAUCGUUGCACUCGCUGAGCAACCGCAACACCAACUCGCCCCUGUCUAGCAUGAUCAACGUGAACAAUCUGCUCAAGGUCAAUGGGUUGUCCAAUCAGAAUAAUUGUUACACAGAGUCAUGGUCAAGCCAUCAACACGAUUAUAACAGUUUGAAUUCG